AUGGGAAGAAACUUGUUAGCUCCAUUACUGAUCUUGAACUUCAUCUUGUACAUCAUCGUCAUCGGCUUUGCUAGCUGGUGCUUGAAUCAUUUCAUCAAUGGCCAAACCUAUAAAGGCGGAGUGACGGGCAACGGAGCAACAUUCUACUUCCUCGUCUUCGCAAUCCUCGCCGGAGUUGUCGGCGCGGCGUCAAAGUUCGCCGGAGCGAGCCAUGUUCGCGCGUGGCGAAGCGACAGUCUCGGCGCCGCCGCUGCCUCGGCAGUCAUCGCGUGGGCGAUCACCGCACUUGCGUUUGGCUUAGCGUGCAAGGAAAUCCACGUGGGUGGAUACAGAGGAUGGAGGCUAAAAGCGCUAGAAGCCUUCAUUAUAAUACUGUGUUUUACUCAGUUGUUGUAUGUUAUGUUGUUACAUGCGGGGAUGGUGAGCGGCAAGUACGGGCCGGCGUAUAGGGACCAUGAGUAUGGAGUGGGAGGGCAUGGGCAUGGCGGUGCUGCGGGUGUGGAGAAGGGGACGAGGGUUUAG